AUGGAGGAGAACGUAACUUUGUCCAUUCGUGAUUUCUUGGAUUUACGCACCUAUGCGCUGAAACUUCCGAGGAAUUGGAAUCACUCUCUGGCGCCCAUUGCGAACGUGACAGAGACAGACAUGGACUUGGAUGUGAACACUGAUAUUUACUCCAAGGUCCUAGUCACUGUCAUAUAUGUGAUUCUUUUCUUGGUCGGGUGUUUGGGGAACUCCAUCACGUUGUACAUCUUAGUUACAAAGAAAUCCCUCCAGAACCUUCAGAGCACCGUGCACUAUCACUUGGCGAGCCUGGCAAUCUCUGAUUUACUUAUACUAAUCCUAAGCAUGCCUAUCGAACUAUAUAACUUCAUCUGGGUCCAUCACCCCUGGGCUUUUGGCGAAGCUGUGUGCAAAGGUUACUAUUUUCUCCGCGACGGUUGCUCGUACGCCACGGCGUUUAACAUCACCAGUCUGAGCGUGGAGCGUUACAUGGCUAUCUGUCACCCCUUCAAAGCCAAAAGCAUCAUGUCUCGUAGCCGGACCAAGAAGCUGAUCAGCGGGAUGUGGGUUGCCUCUUUCCUCCUGGCAACGCCAAUGCUCUUCACAAUGGGACAGCGAGUGGAAAACAAUGAAUAUAUUUGCACUGCUAUCGUGUCAUCCGUGACAACUAAGACGGUGAUUCAGGUGAAUGCGUUCUUGUCGUUUGUGGUUCCCAUGACGUUGAUCUCGGUGCUGAACGGCGUGAUUGCGAGCCAGCUGCUGCGGAUGUUCCAGGAGGCGGCUCAGGACAACCGCAUCUGCAUCGUCGGGGGAAACGCCACCAUGCUCAGCGUCGCCGUGGAGCCCAACCGCACGCAGUCGCUACGCCACGGAGUCAUGGUGCUGCGUGCUGUGGUUAUUGCCUUUGUGGUGUGCUGGUUGCCCUAUCACGUCAGAAGACUCAUGUUCUGCUAUGUCACCAACUGGUCAGAUGCUCUGUAUGACUUCUACCACUACUUCUACAUGGUGACUAAUGCGCUCUUCUACGUCAGCUCGGCGGUGAACCCCGUGCUCUACAACCUGGUGUCUGCCAACUACCGCCAGACCUUCUUCAGCACGCUGCGCCACUUCUUCUUCCCCUGCCGCCGCAGCCGCCGCUCCAAGCGCGCACUCACGCGCCACUCCAUCAGCAUCUGCAGCAACCAGACCUUCUCCACCAACGUGGUCGUGAAGGAGACGGUCUACUGA